AUGAUCACUCGGCGGAAAUCGGUGGUGAUCGCAGUGGCGCUUCCGGUGGUGCUGCUGGCGGUAGUGAACCAUUUGGAACCGUGUGCCGGACAUGGGCGCCUGAUAGAGCCCCCGAGCCGGGCCUCGGCCUGGCGGUACGGAUUCUCGACGCCACCGAACUACAACGAUCACGAGCUGUACUGUGGGGGCUUCAACCGGCAGUGGCAGAAGAACGCGGGCAAGUGCGGCGAGUGUGGUGAUCCGUUCGAUGCGCCCACACCGCGACCGCACGAGUUUGGCGGCAAAUGGGGCCAGGGUGUGGUGGUCCGACGCUACAAGCCCGGCACCGCCAUCACAGUCCGCGUGGAACUGACCGCCAGUCACAUGGGGUAUUUCGAGUUCCGGAUCUGUGACAGUGUACAGGCCAAGCAGGACUGCCUGGACCAGCACCUGAUGCGGAUCGUCAGCGGAACGCCCAGCAUCCCGAACGCGAACGAUCUGAAGACGCGCUUCUACCCGCGCAACGGGAGCCGUAUUUACGACAUGAAAGUCGAGCUUCCGGCAGAUCUGAACUGCAGCAACUGCGUCGUCCAGUGGAAGUACGUGGCCGGCAAUAACUGGGGCAUCUGCCCGGACGGGAACGGGGCCGUCGGCUGUGGCCCGCAGGAAGAGUUCCGGGCGUGUGCCGACGUGUCGGUGGGCGAUUCGGACGGACCGAACCGCACGCCACUGCGGCCGGGCCAGAAACCGGUGCCGACGCGGGCACCGGACGGCAGCAAACCGGCCGCUCCGGCCGACGGUACCGACGAGGCGAUCGAUACAGAGCCACCGAAGGGCGUCCCGUACAUGGGACCCCUGGUGGCUCUGUUGUCGCUUUUUCUGGUCCUAUGUGGAUUUGCUGCGCUAUAUAUUUACCAUUAUCACGGGGGCCGGAUAAAGGCGCUGAUGCGCUGGAAUCGCGAGAAAACCCAGAAGAUCGUCCACAUCGAGCCACCCACGAGCCACGCGGUUCCGGACGUCGAGGCACCGGUACCACCGCCACGCACCAAACGGCUGCGUGACAUCGACUCCCAGCACUCGAGCGUCCUGGUCGGUAGCACCAAAUGUCAGCCCCACGGUGGCGAUUGA